CUUUACAGCGAUUGUUAUUUGAGUAUUUAAAACAAGAGACGAUAAAAGCGGCUAAUGAAAUCCUAGGAGGGCGACACAGAUUAGGUUACUGCCUCUAGGAUCAAAGCUACACCAGUUUACCUAUCCCUGAAGAUCUCCAUUGCAAAGUGCUUUUCAAGCUGCAGGCUGAAAUUUUCGUAGGUAUGCGGGACAUCUUCAUCCUCCAAACACUGGGUUAACUAUGGAGCUAUCCAAUCAUCUCAGUAACCCUCAAAUAUCCAAAAAUCAUUUGAAAGAGUGCUUGUGUAGCACUGCAAUGCCAGGGAUGAUUUCUUAAACGCGUUAGGAUGCCUGGAUGCUUUAAGAAAAUUAUAUUUUCUCUGGCUUCUGCUUUUAGUUUGGUAUCCUUUUUGUUGAUAAUCGUUGCCAUGGCAACUCAGAAAUGGAUGACUGGAAAAACCCUUUGUCAAACAGGAGUUGACUUGGUUAAUGCUUCGGAUCCAGAAUUGGUGAAAUUUAUUGGGGACAUUUACUAUGGACUCUUCCAGGGUAGAAAAGUGAGACAGUGUGGAUUGGGAAAGCGAGUUUUCACGUUCACUAGUGAGUAUUGUUUUAAUUUUUUUAAAUCAAAUUUUAUGUAUUUUAAGUUAUUUAGAUAUAAAAAAUAAGUAACAUGUAUUUGUUAAAUUAGUUUUUUUUUCACCUUCAGUUAUGACCACAUUGUAAUAAUUAAACUAUUCGUCAUGAGCAAGUGAUACAAUAUAUAUAUAUAUGUAUAUUGUAAUUCUUUAUAACCAGACAAAAAUACAUAUAUAUGAUACAUUUCCAAAGAAUUACUCUGACUGGGUUAAAAUGCCAAGAAAAAAAAUAAAACAGAAAUACAGAAUAAAACAUAAACUAAAAAACAAUAGUAAUAGACUGAGGAAAGUUUAAAAAAAUAGGAAUAUAAUUAUACACAGUAAGACAGAAUGAUACAGAAUGAUAAUAGAGAGGAGACAGAUAGAGAGGGACUCUCCAUGGGGAGGAAGAAUUGAUGUUAGGGUGUCACUUUUUAACCAAUAAAUUAUUCAAAGAAACAUUUUCUAUACAAAUUACACAUUGUUUACAUAGAAAAUCGAAUUCUCACCCUGCAGUCCCAAAAAGGGAAAUUAAUAUGGAGUGUGAAGGGGUUAAAAGACACAACAGAUAUAAGAUUAAAUAACAUUCCAGGGUCUGUUCAUUUAACAACACACAGCAGCAAGCUGAAAAAAGUGUCAGACAGGCAUAACGACAAGGUCUGAAAUGCUGACAAACAGACAUAAAGACCCUACAAGUAAAACAUUCAGCCACACAUCAAAGAAGAUACAGAUUUAGUAAAUGUCAAGUGGCAGAAAGUGUGGCAGAACUAAGGUUGGAAAACGGGCAAGUGACAUACAGAGAGAGAAAAAUGAAAAUGGUGUAGCAACAGAAAAGAGCAACAGAACUGAGAGAGAUAGAUUGGGGAGAUAAAAGGGAUACGGUAGAGGGGAACUCUGACAAAAUGGCCAUAGACAGAAAAGGGAGGGUUGAGAAAGAUAGGUAAUGAUAUUAUGUGAAAUAAGUUGAGAGACAAAGAACCAAGAAACAUAAGGCUACGAGACUAGAAAGGAAAAUAGGUGGUAAGCUGAAGAAGAUAUAAAGAAGGAAACUGUGGGUAUAGAAAGAAAAAUGCAAAAAUUAAAAGGCUGAUAGAAUGCAAAAGAAUAAAAUGACUGGAGGUGUGUGCCUAGCUCUUCCAAUUCCAGGUUUCAAGCCAGAAGGAGUUGGGCAAUACUAGUGUAGAUUGGGCACACUGGUUGGUGUCUCAGUCUAUGCGUUUUCCAUACCUUGAGUGCAAAUAGUCUUCAAGCUCAGCUAGCACUCAAUAUAAUUGAGUUGUUACCCCCUUAUGCAUUCACAUUUACACUGUGGAAUUGUAGGUGUCUUUUGUUGGAGUCUCUUUAAAUCCAUACCCUUUCCCAUGUCUUGCUAAUCUUAGCACUUCCUUACAGGGAUGACAGCUAUAGUUUAAAUGUAACAUUCACUUUACCUAGUCAGGUUCCCUUUGAAUGUCUCACCUCUGAACUCAAAACUAGACUCACAAUGUUCUACUGCACACUUUAACUGAUUACUGAGCUGGAGAACACUGGAUAUAUUUAGCUGGUAACCUUGUUACUGUAUUGUUUGUGUUAUAUAAUUAAAUGUAUGAUGUUUGUAUUUUCAGUUUUUCCAGACAUGGUGAAAACUCUGAACACCUCUCUCCACGUGGCAAUAAUCCUCUUCCUCUUCUCAGCUAUUGCUUUUGCACUCGUCAGUUUUGGGUUUUGUGUCCACAAUAUACUAAAGGCUCCUUAUCGCGCCAUUAAAGGCCCUGCUGGAAUAUGCCUAUGGAAUUUAAUUGCAGGUAGCACAAUCAAUUAUAUAACUACAGAUAACUGUGUGUCUAUCUAGUUGUGUCAUGGAAAAGAAACCUAAGAGCAUAAGAAUGAACCUCUGGAUUGCAGUCCCCUGGAUCCCUAGUAGAUAAUAAGCUUCACAUUUAAAGGAAUGAGUGCCAGAAUGGUAUGAUGAAGGAUUCCAAAACAAUGAAUUCACUUGAUUGCAGAAAUUUUAGAUCUAGUAGUCUAAAAAAGUUUUUUACAUUCUCAGAGUAGUCAGGCAAAUGCUGAGUCCAGUUCUCCCUCAACCCAGUCUUCCUCUGUCAUUGCAGGUGAAGGGACAUCCCGGAGGACAUACCAUUAGUCAUCUGUCAACAGCAUUCUAUGCUUGCCGAUGACAGACAUCAAAUAUGCACAGAAUCGACAGUAGCCAGUAUGGAACUCUUGUUGCAGGCUAGUUAAUGAUGCUGCCGGAGGUGGGGUUAUACCUCUUGCAGUCACACACAGACUCCAGGCUCCAUGAUCAAAUCACUGAACUAGCCAUGGUGCUUGGAGUAACCCGCUGUGCAUCAUUAAUACUUAUGUAACCACCUCCAAUUUUCCAGGGGCAUAAUCUAUUGAAUAUGCAACUGUUACAGAUUACAACAGGGUACAACUGAAGGUGUUGUGGGUCAAGUUACUGCACAAGGAUUAUCAAUGGAACAACAGGAGCAUUAUAACAAGAGGACCAGUUAGAUAAACACUGUGUCCUUCAGAUUGAUACUGAACUUUAUUAUACACACACACACACACACCUUAUAGUACUGGGCUAAAUGGUGUGCAAGUGAAACAAAUUGAACUAAUAGGGACUUGAAGCCUACAGCUCACCUGGUUGAAAUGUGUAGGCCAUAGUGAUUAUGGUGGUUCUAGUAACCUUUUAAAUACAUUCAUCCAUCACAUUAUCAACUGAUCCAUUCACCCAUCCAUCUGUCUAUCCAUUCAUCAGUUAUGUGCAAGUCAAAUCUGACUUUUUAUCUCCUUGCAGGUUUGUUCAUUGUAUUUGCUAUAACAAGCUUUAUUGCUGCCGUUCAACUCCAUCAACUCACAGAAAGAAUAGCAAACUUCCGCGAAAACGUUUUCAGGAUAGUCAUCUUGGAAGAAAAGUAUGAAGACUCCUUCUGGCUAUGUGUGGCAAGCGGAGCAACACACUCUGUAAACAUGCUGCUAAUGGCAGCGAGUGCGAUCCGCCUCCCUAAAUUUAAGACUAAGACAGAAGAAGCAAAUGUGGCUCCAGAGGACAUCAUGUACUAAUCAUUUGUUUAGGAUCUAUCUCUGCCUGUCUUAAAGCUUACAUGGUGCUUUAAGACAGGAACCCUGCUUCCAUACUCAAUAAAAGAACUUGUGGUUGGAGAGAGGAAGGGAAUUGGAAGGUGUAGAAAUGUGCAAGAGAUGCUAAUGGAUGUGAAACCUUGUUAUAGAGUCAAGUUUCUAACUGAAAGUAGGAUGGGUGGU